CGCAAACCAAGCGUGCUUGGUCACAAACCGGGCCGGGCAUCAUUGGGAGAAAGGAAGAAUUGCUGAUUAAUCAACGCUGAAUGAGUUUUCAGAAAUCACCUACUUUAUUAAUUUAUUCCCCAUCGUAGCUAGUACGUGUUCCUGUACACCACAUAAACGAAGGGUUUUGUGACACAGCGCAAUUGUUUAGGUGUCUGAGGUUUGCGCCAGCAUGUCUGUGUCUGUGAUCAUUAAAUGGGGUGGACAGGAGUACUCCAUCAGUACACUCUCUGAAGAGGACACUGUGCUGGACCUCAAGCAGUCUAUCAAGUCCCUGACUGGGGUUCUUCCAGAGAGACAGAAACUCCUAGGAUUAAAAGUCAAAGGUAAACCAGCAGAGGAUGACAUGAAGCUGGGCUCACUGAAGCUCAAACCCAAGACCAAGAUCAUGAUGAUGGGCAGCAGAGAGGAGAGUCUGGAAGACGUUUUAGCACCUCCCCCAGAGAAUGAUGACGUUGUCAAUGACUUUGACAUUGAAGAAGAGGUGAUUGAAGUAGAGAACAGAGAGGAGAACUUGGCCAAGAUAGCCCGCCGUGUCAAAGACUACAAAGUGGAGGAGAUGAACCCACCCAGGGAAGGAAAGAGGCUGCUAGUACUAGAUGUGGACUACACCUUGUUUGAUCACAAGUCAUGUGCAGAGACAGGUCAAGAACUCAUGAGGCCUUUUCUCCAUGAGUUCUUGACCUCUGCGUUCGAAGACUAUGACAUUGUAAUUUGGUCUGCCACGAGUAUGAAGUGGAUUGAUGCUAAAAUGAAAGAGCUAGGAGUGACAGACAACCCUAACUACAAGAUCACCUUCAUGCUGGACAGUGCAGCCAUGAUCACCGUGCACACACCUAAGAGGGGUGUAGUGGAGGUGAAGCCUCUCGGGGUGAUAUGGGGAAAGUACAGUGAGUUCUACAGCAAGAGGAACACCAUCAUGUUCGACGACAUUGGCAGAAAUUUCCUCAUGAACCCACAGAACGGACUGAAGAUUCGUCCAUUCAUGAAAGCGCACUUAAACCGUGAGAAAGACAAAGAGCUCUUCAAACUGUCUCAGUAUCUUAAAGAGAUUGCCAAACUGGAGGACUUCUCUUUUCUCAACCACAAGCAUUGGGAGAGGUAUCUGUCAAAGAAACAGAGCCAGUGAGCGCAUUGUUGUGGAUAUGUGAAGGGAUGGUCAUUCCUCAACCAGGAACAGUGCUGGACACUGAAGCCCUCACCAAACUACUACUGCCUGUUUCUGAACUGGGAGCGGUUUCCCAUUGUAUGGCUUGUUCUUUGAUUUCUGUUCUUCCCCAUCAUCUCUGAAAUCCUUUGUUUACCUUCAGUAUAACAGUUCUGUCACCUAUCCAUAAACCCGGGAGACACACGGUAAGUACUGUACACAUACCGGUACACAGUUUACAUUCAAUGGUUUUUGUUAGGUUUCAUCCAAUCGCUCUUUCAGAGUAGUGACUCCUAUCAUCUGUAGCUAUAUGAACAUGUUCUAUACUGAUACCGUUGCAUAUUCUCUUUCUCUACCCCCGGCUCUCUCCCUUAUGGCACCAUACCAAGUAGAGAUGGUGAAGCUAGCACAGGAACUGACUUUUACUGAGUGCACCUGACACUGAGGUAGAGUUGAUCAGACUUAACUAACCAGUGAGGUGGAUUAGGCCUCUAUUUGGAUGAUGUCCAUAUGCUGCUGCUUGUCACAGAGGUCAUUUCAGAAGGAGAGGGAAGAUGUUGUCCAACAGGCAGUUUAGUUUAUGUCAUUGUGUACUGACAUCAGCUAUGCCUGCCUGGAAAUAACAUCUACAGUGCCUUCAGAAAGUCUUCACACCCUCCUCCACAUUUUGUUGUUACAGUCUUGAGUUUAAAAUGGAUUUACGUAAAGAUUUUGUCACUGGCCGACACACAUUACCUGAUGUCUGAAUCUAAAUCUUAUUUAAAUUUAUAUUUAAAAAAAAUAAAAAUGAAAAUCUGAAAUGUCUUGAAUUAGUAAGUAUUCAACCCCUUUUAUGGCAAGCCUAAAGUUCAGGAGUAAAAAUGUUCUUAACAAGUUGCAUGGA